UUAGCCAACAAUGGCGUUUAUAGCAAAUUAUUGGUGUGGUUUGAACUGGCAAUCUCUGUGGAGAUAUCACCUGGGGCUGAGUAUAGUGUGCGGGUGGGUGCAGUGUGCCGGUGGGUAUAGUGCAGAUAGAGAAAAGGCUGUGGAACACCAGCACCAUCAUUACACUACUAAAUUUCCAACAGACAGAAAAGGUGCAACAUGUCUGGGUGGAACCUAGAGAAUCCAGUGUUCAGCAGCUAUGUCUUCUGGUCUGGUGUACUGGCUGCCAAGAUGCUCCUUAUGGGACCAAUCACUGGCUACUUCCGUAUUACCCGCAAGGCUUUUGCCAACCCAGAGGAUGUAGCUGCCAUGGGUGGCAAGGAUGUCAAAACCAACAGUGAUGUAGAACGGGUUAGGAGAGCUCACCAGAACGACUUAGAGAACAUCCCUGUGUUCUGGGUAUGUGGCCUUCUCUACGUGCUCACCAACCCAUCCCUGUUGACUGCCAGCAUCCUCUUCCGAAUCUAUGCCUCCGCCAGGAUCCUACACACUGUCUUUUAUCUGCGAGGCAGUUUCCUGAGGGGCUUCUCUUACUUUGCAGGCAUGGUAGUCAAGUUUUUCAUGGUUGGCACUGUGCUCUACACUUUCUGGUAGAGCUUGCAGACGGGUUGUUAGUGGCUCGCUCUACAUCACCUUUGCCACUUGAGGAUCAACAUAAAAAAAAUAAUAGUUCUUGGUUUCUAAUGAUGGCUACGUUGUUUUUCUAAUAGUUACACAUAAUUUUUCAGAGUAUUUUUGUUGUAAUAUUGUUGUGCUGCAUAUUUUAUGUUCAUUUAAUAAAAUAUUUUACUCUGUAUGCCUUUGUUUCUAUUAUUUCUGAUUUGAUUACUAAAUGAUCACUAAGGAUGGUCAUAUUUGUUUUAAUCUGCAUAUUUUCCCCUUUGUAAAUGUAAUAAAAAAAUUAACAAUU